AUGGCCACCAUUGGUAUGUUCAACGAGGAGGGCGAGAAUGUCGACCUCUACAUCCCGCGCAAGUGCCACGCGACCACCACGCUGAUUGAGGCGCACGACCACGCCGCCGUGCAGAUCUCGAUCGCGAACGUUGGCCCGAACGGCGUGAUCAACGGCACGACGACGACGCUGUGCAUUGCUGGCUACCUGCGCUCGCAGGGCGAGUCGGACCACGCGAUCAACCACAUCACGAUCGACCGCGGCAUCAUGCGCAUCAAGACCGGCAAGCCGAAGCGCGCGUCCAAGUCGAAGUCGAAGAAGCCCGCCGCGAAGGGCGCCGCCGCUGGCGCUGCUGCCCAGAAGGGUGCCCGCCCGCCUGCCCAGAAGGGUGCUCGCCCGCCUGCCCAGAAGGGUGCCCGCCCGCCUGCCCAGAAGGGUGCUCGCCCGCCUGCCCAGAAGGGUGCUCGCCCGCCUGCCCAGAAGGGUGCCGCUCCGGCUCGCAAGAACCGCGCUUAG